GUGCAGCAUUCCUCAUCAGGCAAUAGGCUGGCUCGUUUAUGGUGUCCGCUGCUCCCGCCCCUCGCCACCACCGCCCUGGGCGCCCCAGUCGACCUGUUGCUCCGGAACCCCCUGCGCCCGGUGGCCGGGCCGCGGGCGGCGCCGGCGGUCGACCGUCGCCGGCGCCGUGGCGCUGGCGGCGUCUCGAGGCCGGCCGGCCGGCCACUGCUGGCCGCUCAGGUGGUGGCCGCCCGGCCCGGCCUGCCCAGUCGGCUCCGGCAGCGCGGCCCGGCAGUUGGCGACGCAGCGGCGCUCGCAGACCUGCCGGUCGGCCUCCUCCGCCACCUCUCGGUCGUCCGUCCAGCGCCGCAGCCAUGUCUCUGGUGGAGCAGAUGCGCUUCCUGUCCCUGGAGACGAACCUGGACCGGGUGCCGGUGGGCCGGCGCGGCCUGCGCACCGCGCGCGCCGCCGUCGUCGACUCCCCCGAGUGUGAGCACCUGCUGAAGCGGCCGCUGGACCCGCGCGUGGCGCUCCAGGGCUUCCUGGACCGGCACAUCGACAAGGGCAACAUUAGCGACCAUGUGGAGAUGACGCAGUAUGUCAACCUCUGGCGGACCCGGUCGCUGAACGCGCCCAGCCCCAUCCAGCAGUUUGGACCAUGCGGGCGCAUCAUGAAAAACUCGGCAAUGGUCAUGACGAUCCAGGACCCUGCCAGCCAGCGUCUGACCUGGUACAAGGCGCCCAUGGCCGUGCUGGUCAUCAAGAAGGUCCGCGACGCCUCGGUGCUGGCGCCCUUCAUCCAGCUCGUCAGCUGGCUCACCAACGAGAAGAAGAUGAUAGUGUUCGUGGAGCACUCAGUGCUGGACGACCCGCUGUUAGCCGGCGCGCCCGCCUGGGCCAGCCUCGAGAGCAAGGUGCAGACCUUCACCGACGGCAAGGACGACCUCACCGACAAGAUCGACUUCAUCGUGUGCUUGGGCGGCGACGGCACGCUGCUCUACGCCAGCUCUCUGUUCCAGCAAUCGGUACCGCCGGUGAUGGCCUUCCACCUGGGCUCCCUCGGCUUCCUCACACCGUUCAAGUUCGACAACUUCCAGGAGCAAGUCAACGCCGUGCUCGAAGGUCACGCGGCGCUGACGCUCCGCUCGCGUCUGCGCUGUAUCGUGCUGCGGAAGGACUCGGACACCAAGCAGAAGCCGCCCACCAAUCUGCUAGUGCUGAAUGAGGUGGUGGUGGACCGCGGUCCGUCGCCCUACCUCAGCAACAUCGACCUCUACCUGGACGGAAAGAAAAUCACCUCCGUGCAGGGCGACGGUCUGAUCGUCAGCACGCCCACUGGCAGCACGGCGUACGCGGUGGCGGCCGGGGCCAGUAUGAUCCACCCGAGCGUGCCGGCCAUCAUGGUGACGCCCAUCUGUCCGCACUCGCUCUCCUUCCGACCGAUCGUCGUGCCCGCCGGCGUCGAGCUCAAGAUUGCCGUGUCCCCGGACAGCAGAAACACGGCCUGGGUGUCGUUUGACGGCCGCAGCCGGCAGGAGCUUAAACACGGAGACAGCCUGCGCGUGACCACCUCUAUCUACCCGAUACCGUCCAUCUGCGCCAGCGACCAGAUCGCCGACUGGUUCGAGUCGCUGGACGAGUGUCUGCGCUGGAACGAUCGGAAAAAGCAGCGGCAGUUCGACCCGGCCGACAUCGCUGACGGCUUCGUGGCGCCGCACAAGAUGGAGGAGACGUCCGACUAGGUCUGGCGGGACGGGACGGGAGGGGACGGGAGGGGAGGGCACGGAGGGGUGGGUGGUGGGUCUGAGAUCAUGCGCAGUCGGCCGGCCCAGCCAGUAUCGGUGGUGGACGGGAGAGGUGGGUCCAAAAACUGUCCCCUCAGGAACCAGUGGGAUCCAUGAGAUCCAGGGCUACCGGUCGGGACUCUCGAACUGCUGCGAUCCGCUAGUUCCGUAGCUGUGGGUUACAUCGACAUAAGCCAGCCGGUCUGGCGCAGGGACCAGGUUUGCCGUCACUGGCAGUGCUGUCCUCAGGAUUGACCAUUCUUUGACGUACAUCACCGUACCGCAGCUGAACCCCUCACCCACCGGUCGACCCGGGCCGGUCCGGGCGGUACGGGGGCUGCUGGACCUCCGUACACGGGGUGGCUGGGCCACGGGGAGCGGCGGGCGGGUCGGGGCCGGCCCCAGCCCGGAUAUCCAGGCUCCAGGUGUCUGUCUGUGACAGGCGCGGCGGGCGGUCAGCGGCCGCAGCUGACAGCAGGUGACGGAGCGCUGACGGGUGGACUGAUCCCGUGUCCGGCCGGCCGAACACACUGAGUUUAUCCGUGUGAAGGUCGAGUUAGAAUGAGCGCACGGGAAUGGAUGGCGACGGAUGGUUCAGAGGUGUGUGAGGGUGAGAGUAACUGAGAUCAUGUGCGUCCUGCAUGUGAGUGUAUAUCUGUAGGAUAUGUGUGAUGUGAAACCGACCAAGUUAGGCACUAGGUCCACUUUUUGCGUGGAACACCAGGAGACUAUACUUCUGCGCUGCCUUGGGGUUUUGGUAGAGAACUUUGUACGAGUAUUUCAUAUCCGUAGGUGCGUUCGUAGUGUGUUUCGAAGUUGCCCGUAUGGCUGACUAGCACAAUGGGGUGUUGAACUUUGUCGACUUUCUUUAUACGCUGUCGUGAGCGCUGAACACGUGAGGGCCUUCUUUUCUCGUCUUCCUUCGUAUGAGGUCAUGCUCGUAGAUCCGGCUAUGAAAUAAGCGACGCCGUGCGGUGUUUUAGAUAGUGUGAUGAUUACAUGUCGAGCUGAAGCAGGCCAAAUGUCUAACCAGUGCUCUUCACGUCUGUCGGAACCGGCGGACUGUCAUGUUAGAUCAGAACAUUGUCACCGUUUCUAUUCGGUCUGUCAGGUGUUCACGGUCGCCUGUUUUGGUGCAAUCUGUGUCUGCGUCUUCGUAUUUUCCCUCUGGUGCUCUGUCUUUGCGAUAGUCAUCGAACAUAUUACGGCCUUCUCGGCUCAGGAGUCGCCGGUGUCGGGAUCCCCCCUCAAUCCCUCGUUCGCGGGUUUUAUCUGUCUGAUUAUCUGGUGGUACCCCGUUACUCUUCUAGGCUGCAUCCUGUCCUCAGUCCAUCCGUUUGUCCUCUUCCCACUGUGGUUUGCUUCCACUCUUUACGGGGGAGUAUCUCUCUCGUCCAGUGGUCGUCAGGCUCCUUUUACACCGUGUAUCACUGCUGCCCUGUAACCCAGUGUCGGUCUCAUACUCCCUCGCGAAAUACUCCCCCUGACCUGUUCGUAUCUCACCGUCCUGCGCCAUGUCCUUCCUAAGUAACUUUUCCCAUCUCCUUUGUAAAGCACACAACCUUAUACUCCUGUGUCGUGUCGCCCAGGCAUGGCUCUACCCUACUGUUGGCGAUCCUCGGUAGCCGGCGAUGUACCGGGCCAAGUGACCGACACAUCUGCUGACGGGCUCCGAUCAACCUGCCCUCUGUCCUCUGCCCACGGCACUGCGGCGGAGCUCACUCAGUCCGACCUACCCUCUGUUCACGGCACUGCGGCAGGGCUCACUCAGUCUGGCCUGCCCUCUGCCCACGGCACUGCGACAGGGCUCACUCAGUCAUGCCUGUCCUCUGCCCACGGCACUGCGGCAGAGCUCACUCAGUCCGGCCUGUCCUCUGUUCACGGCACUGCGGCAGAGCUCACUCAGCCCGGCCUGAUAACGACACGUGUUUUAGCGGUGUGACGCGCGACGAUAUUUACCGGAUAGUGUGUUUUAGGCACAGAGUAUAUAUAUAUAUUUCACGGCGAGCGUCCAUUGGUCGUGGUCUGGGAUUUCGGCGACGAGACCAGGUACAAUACACAGUGGCCGAAA